GUCCUCUUUCACCUUAAAAUCUUUGGAUGAGUUUAAGGAGCAAAGCAUCUUUUCAUUUUCUUUAAUCGAAAAAAGUACACAACUAGCUCCCUCUAUAUUUGGUCCAAUUGUAGAACAUUCAUCAACCAAGUUCCAUAGAUUUCUCCCAGAAGUUGAAGAUCAUCGUACUACUAGUAUUCCAAAGUAACAUAUUGGUGUUUAAUCUAAGCAUCGGUAAUGGAGCUCAAACCCAAUUGCUAAGCUACGCCCCUGUUACUCAACAACAUAUACAAACGAACAGUGAUGAAUGCAAUCUAUAAAGUCUUGAAGAGAGCCUUUGCUGGCAUAUUCUUAGAGAGUUCUCACAGGUUCAGGAAAAGGAGAGGGAAUCAGCGAUUUUCCGACGAAAAGUCCGCCGGAUCAUGUGGUGGUAGUAUGACAGUGUUCGAUAAGCUCACCGACGAGCUCUUAAUCGAAAUCCUAAUACGUCUCCCUCAAAAGCAAGCCAAUAUCUGUAAGUGCGUCUCAAUACGCUUUCGUUCUUUGAUUUCACGUUCGUAUUUCAUUCGACGUUACGUGAAUUAUCAUCAAAACAACAAUUGCUUCGGUCUUUAUUAUCAAUCGCAACUCCUGUUCCCCAAAAUUCGUCCUUCCGAAAUACAGAAAGAUAUAGCGUUCGGAUUCCCCAUGUUUGAAUCUCCAGGGUUUUCUUUAUCUUUCAUUAAAAAAGAGAUUUUACAGUUUUUGGCUUCAAACAACGGAUUGGUUUUAUGCAGUGCGCCUCUUCGCAACCCAAUUGUUUACUUUGUUUGUAACCCAUUAACGAAGCAAUGGAUUCCUCUUCCUCCACCUCCAACCAAUAUCAAAACAGUGUACAUUGGGUUUAUAUGUAAUCCCCGAUAUUCAUGUAAUGAUGAUGACGAACGAGGAAGUUUUAAAGUUGUUCGUAUUGAAGUAGUUAACUGCAAUUCGCAUUGGGAUCUAUCAGACACAUUAAAAUUAGAAAUCUUUUGUUCAGUGUUAGGGAGGUGGAGGGAGGAGUACUUCAUGUCAAAUUCGACUCAUGAUCAUGGAUUUUUCUGCGGAUGGGAUAGUUGGUGUCCUAGUGCUGUGGUUUGUGAUGGAUUGCUAUAUUGGAAUUCUGUUUCAAAUAGUGGGAUUUUCUGUUAUGAUCCUUACAAUGGUGAAUGUAGAACCAUUAAGCUUCCACAUGAGAUCAGAAAUCAAGUACGCCAUUUCCGCUACAUCUCAGGGAACUGCUGCUUAGGGGAGUAUGCUGAUCGACUUAGAUAUUUCUAUUUUUCUCGGAGGAGUUGGAAUUACAGAGUUUGGGAACUCAAGAAUGGUGGUGGGUGUGAGUGGUUGUUGUUGCAUGAAGUUGAAUUGGAUGAAAUGAAAUGCGGAGAUAAAAAUAUCGACAAGAAUAAAAUGGGUCUCCUUUCGCCCCAUCCGCUUAAUCAAGAUAUUCUCUUCUUUUGGUGUCCGGCUGAGCUUCCCUCGUUUACGAUUAGAAUUGUGGAAUAUGAUAUGGAAAAAAAGCUUCUGACGUUACCUUGUUUGCUUCGAGAUGCGAGAGUUAUAAGUUUCUUCUUCCCUUUGUUCUCUCCAUUUGUUCUUCCCUGCUGGCCUACCGCAGUUCCUCCCAUCCAGCAGCAUGGCCUAAGCUAGUACUUCCAGUUGCAAGGGGAAGAGCUCGGGAUGACUGCAGCUGUCACAACUAGCAUUUUAGGGCUAGAAAUUUCUAUCCAUGUACCAAUAGUUUCUUUGUAUAACU